CGUAGCGCCUAAUAACCGCAAAAUCUUCUUGCUACUGACUCACAGUCUCCUCUUCAACCUCCAUCACUCAUCUCUCUCACACAUUUCUCGAGAGGUUUUGUCAGAUAGUGAUAUUAAAGAAGGAAGGAAGGAAGGAAAAGAAUAUGAGCAAUUCGGUAGGGCAUAGUUUGCUUAAAUCAACGGUUAUAACGCAUCAAACUCAAAUCGGAAAUACUUUGUUUCAAGCUCAAGCCAAUUCUAACUUACGGAACUCUUCCGCUUUAUUAUCAACCGAUUUCCGUGGUCAUAGACUCACUAUAAGGAAAUCGGCAUUGCAUACAUUUCGACUUCAUUCACUUCCUACUGUUCAAGCUGUUCUAGCCACCGAUCCGACUUCUGAGCAAUUGGGAGAAAAGUACAUCCUGGAAGGAGAUAUAGAGAUGCAGGUGGAUGUUAAAAUCUCUUCUAUUCCGUCGGUGGAGAUUCGACUCACUAACAGCACAGAUCAUCUAUAUCUGCAUUGGGGUGGUCUACGAAACAUAAACGAGAAAUGGUUACUUCCUGGUCGUCGUCCUGAAGGGACUAAAGUUUACAAGGACAGGGCUCUUAGAACACCUUUUAUAAAAUCUGGCUCCAAUUCAUUCCUGAAAGUAGAGAUUGACGAUCCUUCAAUUCAAUCUCUAGAGUUCCUAAUAGUUGAUGAAGCAAAGAAUAAAUGGUACAAAAACAAUGGCCAAAACUUCCAUGUUAAGUUGCCUUCAAGGGAGAAACAAGUUUCGAGUGUUGUAAUUCCUGAAGACCUUGUACAGAUUCAAGCAUUUUUGAGAUGGGAGAAGAAGGGGAAACAAAUGUAUAACCCGGAACAGGAAAAGGUGGAAUAUGAAGCUGCUCGUACAGAGCUGUAUGAUGAAAUUGCCAAGGGGAGUUCUUUAGAGGACAUACGAACAAGAUUAACCAAAAAAGAUGGUAAAAGUUCCGAACAAGGUACCGGCAUUUUAGAAAAAGAGAUACAACCUAAGGUUCAAAAACAGGUGCAGGAAAAAAGUUACUCUAUCCAAGAGAUUCAAAGGAAGAAGAGAGACAUCAUGCAACUUCUCAGCAAACAUAUUCCAGUUUCUGUGAAGUCUGCAGACGAAAAUUUAUCUGUCAAACCAAAAACUUUGUCUGCUAUAGAACUUUACUCUAAGGCCAUAGAAGAACAAAGUGACAUAGAUAUUGUAAACAAGAAGACAUACAAACUUGCUGAUGAGGAGCUCUUGGUCCUAGUAACAAAGGCUUCUAGUAAGAUAAAGGUUCAUUUGGCUACAAGCGUAAAGGAACCACUCACCCUACAUUGGGCAUUGUCAAAGAAAGCUGGGGAGUGGCUGGCACCACCUGAAAGUUUGUUACCACAAGGGUCUAUUUCUUUAGCUGCAGCUGCCGACACACAUUUUUCUACUCUCUCUAUUGACGGUGCUACCAACAAGAUACAGUCAUUGGAAAUAGAAGUUGGAGAGGGUAGUUUUGUUGGUAUGCCAUUUGUUCUUUUUUCUGGUAAAAGGUGGAUCAAGAAUAAUAAUUCAGACUUUUAUGUUGAAUUUGUUGCACCUAAGAAGACAAUAAUGGAUGUUGGUGAUGGGAAGGGCACCGCUAAGGCCUUGUUAGAUAAAAUAGCUGGGCUGGAAAGUGAGGCUCAGAAGUCUUUUAUGCAUAGAUUUAAUAUUGCAGCAGAUUUGAUGGAAGAAGCCAAAAACACUGGUGAGUUGGGUCUUGCAGCAAUUCUUGUAUGGAUGCGGUUUAUGGCCACUAGACAGCUAAUUUGGAAUAAAAACUACAAUGUAAAACCACGUGAGAUAAGCAGAGCUCAGGAUAGGCUCACAGACUUGCUUCAGAGUGUUUACGUGAACUAUCCACAAUAUAGUGAGCUUCUGAGAAUGAUCAUGUCAACUGUAGGACGUGGAGGUGAAGGGGAUGUUGGACAACGUAUCCGAGAUGAAAUCCUGGUGAUCCAGAGAAAUAAUGAUUGUGCUGGUGGAAUGAUGGAAGAAUGGCAUCAAAAACUGCAUAAUAACACAAGCCCUGAUGAUGUUGUGAUCUGUCAGGCAUUGAUUGAUUAUAUAAAGAAUGACUUUGACAUCAGUGUUUACUGGAACACCCUGAACACGAAUGGAAUUACAAAAGAACGACUUCUAAGUUAUGAUCGGGCCAUUCGCAAUGAGCCAAAGUUCAGGGGAGACCAAAAGGAGAGCCUAUUGCGUGACUUGGGGAACUACAUGAGAACAUUGAAGGCAGUUCAUUCAGGUGCAGAUCUUGAAUCAGCUAUAUCAAACUGCAUGGGUUAUAAGUCUGAGGGACAAGGAUUCAUGGUUGGGGUGAAUAUCAAUCCUGUUUCUGGUCUACCAUCUGGAUUUCCGGAACUGCUUCAAUUUAUCCUAGAGCAUGUUGAAGAUCGGAAUGUGGAAACCCUUCUUGAGGGACUGCUAGAGGCACGUGAGGAACUUAGGCCAUUACUGUCUAAACCAAAUGAUCGUCUCAAGGAUCUUCUUUUUUUGGACAUUGCCCUCGAUUCUACUGUGAGGACAGCCAUUGAAAGGAGCUAUGAAGAUUUAAGCAAUGCGAAGCCAGAGAAAGUUAUGUAUUUAAUCACUCUUCUUCUCGAGAACCUCAUUCUCUCAUCAGACAACAACGAGGAUCUGAUCUAUUGCUUAAAGGGAUGGAAUCAAGCUCUAAGCAUGUUGGAGACUCGAGAUGGUAAUUGGGCAUUAUUUGCAAAAUCAGUCCUGGAUAGAACCCGACUUGCACUUGCCAGCAAGGGGGAGUUUUAUCAUCACAUAUUGCAACCUUCUGCCGAAUACCUUGGGGCAAGGCUUAAUUUGGACCAACGGGCGGUAAGUAUAUUCACUGAAGAGAUGAUUCGUGCAGGCUCAGCGGCUCCUUUAUCAUCAUUAGUUAAUCGACUUGACCCCAUUCUUCGCAGUGUGGCUAAUUUGGGAAGUUGGCAAGUUAUCAGCCCAAUUGAAGUUGUUGGAUAUGUUGUUGUCGUUGAUGAGUUGUUAUCUGUUCAAAACAAAACUUAUGAUAUGCCAACUAUUUUAGUGGCAAAGUCUGUGAGGGGAGAGGAAGAAAUUCCUGAUGGUGCAGUUGCUGUUGUAACUCCCGAUAUGCCAGAUGUUUUAUCUCAUGUUUCUGUUCGAGCAAGAAACAGCAAGGUUUGCUUUGCAACAUGUUUUGAUACUGGUAUUUUAGAUGAUCUUCGUGCAAAAGAAGGUAAAUUGUUGCAACUAAAACCGACAUCGUCUGAUAUAACUUAUAGUGAGGUGCAGGAGGGAGAUCUAAAACGAUCAAAUAAGUUGGAAGAAGUUGGCCCAUCUCCUAAUAUAAAGUUGGUCAAAAAGGAGUUUGCUGGUAAAUUUGCUAUAUCGUCUGAGGAGUUCACAAGUGAAUUGGUUGGAGCUAAAUCACGUAAUAUUGGAUACCUUAAAGGAAAAGUCCCAUCUUGGGUUGGCAUUCCUACUUCGGUUGCAUUGCCUUUUGGAAGUUUUGAGAAAGUUCUUUCUGAUGAACUAAAUCAGGGGGUGUUCGAAAAAUUGCAAUUAUUAAAGAAAAAAUUAGUAGCAGGAGAUUUUGAUGUGCUUGAGGAGAUCCGUAAGACGGUUUUGGAUCUUGUUGCACCAUCCCAGCUGGUACAAGAGUUGAAAACCAAAAUGCAAAGCUCUGACAUGCCAUGGCCUGGUGAUGGUGGUCAGCAGAGAUGGGAACAAGCAUGGGUUGCAAUAAAGAAGGUCUGGGCUUCAAAAUGGAACGAGAGAGCAUACUUCAGCACAAGAAAAGUUGGAUUAGACCACGACCUCCUAUGCAUGGCUGUCUUGGUUCAGGAAAUAAUAAAUGCUGACUAUGCAUUUGUUAUUCAUACCACUAAUCCAUCUUCAGGAGACUCGUCAGAGAUAUAUGCUGAGGUUGUAAAGGGUCUUGGGGAGACUCUGGUAGGAGCUUAUCCAGGUCGGGCAUUAAGUUUUAUUUCCAAGAAAGACAAUCUUAAUUCUCCUAAGGUUUUGGGUUACCCUAGCAAACCCAUUGGUCUUUUCAUAAGAAGAUCCAUCAUCUUCAGAUCUGAUUCCAAUGGUGAAGAUUUAGAAGGCUAUGCUGGCGCAGGGCUCUAUGAUAGUGUGCCGAUGGACGAAGAAGAAAAGGUUGUACUUGAUUAUUCAUCGGAUCCAUUGAUGGUCGAUGUAAACUUCCAGAAAUCGAUCCUCUCGAGCAUUGCUCAAGCAGGAGAUGCUAUUGAGAAGUUGUAUGGGUCCCCACAGGACAUUGAAGGUGUUGUAAGAGAUGGGAAGAUCUAUGUGGUCCAAACAAGACCACAAAUGUGAUAUCAAUGUGUAAUUGUUCAUGCCUAUCUGGUAUGCCAAAUUUGUUCAGUUAGUCCAUACAAAAUCCAUAGAAAUACAAAUAGGUAUAAGAAUAAUAAACCGGUUUAGCUUAAACCGUUGUCACAGACAUGGCUUAUAUAGCUUGUUAAGUUAAUGUUGUCACCUUUAUCACUUCAUCCUUCAGUCAUAUUUCCAAGGUUCUAUUAACUUCUAGAGGCGGCAGAUGAGCUGGGUUGGACGGGUCAAUACAGCUUUUGGUUGAACCGUGUAGUAUUCUAUUCAGGUCAAAACACUGUGGUUUGGACUUUUGGUUGACCCAUCAGUAUUGUUUGCCCCAUUUUGCUUAAAUGUAAUGAAUAAAUUAUAUAUGUAAUAAAUAUGAUUAGAAAAGCUUUUUGUUA